UAGAGGUUAUGAUAUUAGAUUCAUACAUGAUUCAAAUUAAUAUACUUUAUUUAAAAACUUGAUAAAUAUUCACAAAUCUGCAAAAAUAUUUCGUUAUUAUUUUGUACUACAAGCAAGGUAUCUUAAUCUCUUAUAAAAGUAUUAAUAUCAACAUGAAGACCAUUCUAAUGGUUGCUGAAAAACCAUCAUUAGCUGCCUCCUUAGCUAAUAUUUUAAGCAAUGGGAAAAAUACAUCGAGAAAAGGUUUCAACGGAGCUUGUUUCAUACAUGAAUGGAGCGGAACAUUCUUGAAUGGCCCUGCACGAUUUAAGAUGACGUCUGUUUGUGGUCACGUACUAGGGGUAGAUUUUAUUAGCAAAUAUAAUAAUUGGGAUAGAGUAGACCCUGUGGAACUAUUUUCUUGCGCAAUAGAAAAGAAAGAAGCCAUGCCAAAACUAAAAAUGCCCGCUUUCUUGGCUGCUGAGGCUAAGGCUUGUGAUAAUUUAAUUUUAUGGCUUGAUUGCGAUAAAGAAGGUGAAAAUAUUUGUUUUGAAGUUAUGAGUUCAGUCGCUAGCAGCAUGAAUGGUGAUGUUUAUUCUGACAGUGUCACUUAUCGCGCCAAGUUCUCAGCUAUUACAGAAAAAGACAUCAAAUCUGCAUUUAACAACUUAGAUCAUCCAAAUGAGAAUGAAGCAAAAAGUGUAGAUGCUAGACAGGAAUUAGACCUUAGAAUUGGCUGCGCUUUUACAAGAUUUCAAACAAAGUUUUUCCAAGGCCGUUACGGUGAUUUGGACGCAUCUUUAAUAUCGUACGGACCUUGUCAAACUCCAACAUUAGGUUUUUGUGUACAAAGACACGAUGCAAUACAAACCUUCAAGCCAGAAACUUACUGGUGCGUUCAAGUAACUAUUAAAACUAAAGAUGAUCAAGAUGUAGCACUCGAUUGGCAGAGAGUGAGGAGUUUCGAUAAGGAAGUAGCUAAUUUAUUUUUACAGUUAGUCAAAGAUCAGAAACAAGCCACUGUGGUAAGUGUUGUUUCGAAAGAAAAAACAAAGCCUAGACCUGUCGCAUUAAACACUGUGGAAUUGAUGAGAGUAGCUAGUUCUGGCCUGGGAAUGGGGCCUCAUCAUGCCAUGCAAAUUGCCGAAAAAUUAUAUAUACAGGGUUACAUAAGUUACCCAAGAACUGAAACCACUAGAUAUCCAGAAAAUUUUGACCUCGUCGGAGUUCUAAAGCAACAACAGAAUAAUUCAGACUGGGCAGAUGAAGUUAAGGAAAUAUUGGAAAAUGGAGUUAAUAGGCCUAAAUCAGGACAUGAUGCAGGUGAUCAUCCCCCAAUUACUCCUAUGAAAGCUGCGUCAAGGAACGAACUAGACGGAGAUGCUUGGAAAUUAUAUGAUUAUAUUACGAGGCAUUUUAUCGGCACCUUAGCUAAAGAUUGUAAAUAUCUGUCUACUACAGCCACCCUUAUUAUCAACGAGGAAAUUUUUACAGUGUCUGGGAAAACUUUACUAGACCCUGGCUUUACGACAGUUAUGACAUGGCAUGCUUUUGGUAAGAACGAAAUCGUACCGAACCUAGAAGCAAAAGAGGUUGUUCCUAUAAGGGAAGCUAAAUUAACAGAACAUCAAACUUCACCCCCGGAUUAUCUAACGGAAGCAGAACUUAUAACUUUGAUGGAGAAACACGGAAUUGGAACCGAUGCAUCUAUACCAGUUCACAUAAAUAACAUCUGUCAAAGGAACUACGUCACGGUUAUUUCUGGGAGAAAACUGAAACCGACAACUCUGGGAAUAGUUCUAGUCCACGGCUAUCAAAAGAUUGAUGAAGAGUUGGUUCUACCUACCAUGAGAUCAGCUGUAGAAAAGCAACUAAACCUGAUCGCCUUGGGGAAAGCAAAUUUUAAUGCUGUGUUAAAGCACACGGUCGAUAUAUUCAGACUGAAAUUUCAGUAUUUUGUGAAAAACAUCGAUGGCAUGGAUCAGCUGUUUGAAGUGUCAUUUUCACCGCUCAGUGCAUCUGGAAAAGCCUUUUCUAGGUGCGGAAAAUGCAGGAGAUACAUGAAAUACAUCCAAGCCAAACCUGCCAGGUUGCAUUGUCCUCAGUGCGACGAAACGUUUAGUCUGCCUCAAAAUGGAACCGUUAAAUUAUUCAGAGAGUUAAAGUGUCCCUUGGACGAUUUCGAGCUGCUUUGUUGGACAAUGGGGAACAAAGGCAAAAGCUUCGUUUUUUGUCCCUACUGCUACAACAAUCCUCCGUUUAAGGACAUGAGGAAAGGAAACGGAUGUAACUCUUGCUCGCACCCUACUUGUCCUUACGGCUUAAACUCGAAUGGCAUCUGUAACUGUGCCGAAUGCGAUUAUGGAAUCUUAGUUCUGGACCCCUCAUCUGGCCCGAAAUGGAAACUAGGUUGUAAUAGGUGCGAUACUAUAAUCAACCUCUUCGAAGAUGCUCAAAAAGUCAUCGUCCUUGAAGAGGUUUGCGAUUGCGGAUCUCAAAUGGUGACCGUCGACUAUAAACAGGAGAAGACCAAACUCCCAAACAACGCAACAGAAAUGAAAGGUUGCGUCUUUUGCACGAACGAGUUUAGCAAGUUGGUGGACAGGCCUAAAGUGGCCGUAGUUACUAAGCCACGUCCGUUUAGAGGGGGCAAAGUUGGUGGUAGGGGCGGUAGAGGACGUGGUAGAGGAAGGCAGCCAAAGGAUAAAAUGGCCCAAUUAGCAGCGUAUUUUGUGUAGUAGGUAUGAAUUAUUAAAUCAAAUUUGUUAUAAUGUGAAUAAUUAACAAUUUUUAUUCGAUUCGGUUGUUGAUCAACUGAAUGAACGUUAUUUAAUUAUCGUAUUAAUUUUUUUUGCAUAUGUUUUAGUUUACAGUUCGUUUUAGAAAUGAAAAUUACUUGACGAACAUUAUGCAUGUUACGUUAGAUAAAUACGUUAGAUAUGCCAUAAAAGUAAUAAAAUUAAUAUUAUUGAAAGUAUUUCAUACAGGAUAUUACAAAAAGUUGAUCAGACCGUUACCCAGAUUCUUUGGACGAAAGUAAUACAUACAGCAAUUUAAAAAAGAUUUUUAUUAAUCUAUGGUUGUGAUUGAUUUAUUAAUAAUUCUAUUGUAUAAAAUUCAGCGUGAGAUAAAUCUCCGUUCAAAUUUCAAUGAAUAAUGUUAAAUAACAAUGGAGACACUACUAAUUUUUUUUUAAAGUUUACCGAUACCCUUCAUCUCGAAAAAGAUGUGUGUCUAAAUGGAAAAAGAAAUAAGGAUAGUCCUAUUAUUUUCACCCAAAGAAUGUGUGGUUGACAGUUGCACCUACUUUUUUUGUGACAUCCUGUGUUAAAAAAUUCCGCAACUUAUACACUAAAAAAUUUGGUACUCUUCUUGUACUCUCUAAAUAUUGUUUUUUUAUCAUUUAAAAAAGAAUAUAUGACACUAUGAAUAUAAA